UAUCGACGCUACUUUUUGGCUCUUGGCCUGGCUACUUUCUAAACCCUCUACCCCCAAGCUUGCCCGAGCGCAGGACAGGACCGUCUCUCUCAUUCCCGCUGGUUCCUCGUGCUGUCGUGUCGACCGCCACCCUGCAAGGCAUUCUCCGUCACCCUAAGAGGCGACUAAGGCGAUUAAGCAUCGCGAUCCAACAUCUCCGUCUCGAAGAGACACUACACCCUCGUCUUCUAUUCUUUUGACCUCAGAAACCCCAAUUUGGGUUUUUCUUUUAUUUUCUGGAUUGUGGUGCUCUCCAGUGCGACCACUCGUCUCACGCGUCUAUUUUUUUUUUCUCAUACACCCUUUCCCUUUUUUCUUUCCCCCUCAGGUUCACUCUUUCCAGUCAACCAUCUGCGCAAAAAGCUGAUCAAGUGAUCAUUGCUCACAACCCGGAAUCUCAAUUCACUUAAUAGUACGUUACAACAAGGAAGGAUCUCCAGAAGCAUUCACGCGACGGGGAUCUUGUUCAAGAAGAUCUGAACCAAACUUUCUCCCCCUGCUUCAUACCUUUCCCAUCUCGGCGCAUCUUACCCCAAGUUUUAUCACGUUCACAAAGCUCAUUGUGUUGUUCGACGCGUCUCUAAAUAGGCACGCGAGUUUCUAGCUUGGAGGAGUUUAUCAGGGAUAUUUAUCCGGUAACGGCGCAAAUCUUAUUAUAUGGACAACAGACCGGCUUCGGAGUACGCGCAGUCAGGUUCGCACUUUCCAUAUCCACCGUCUGUCGCGCCCCAUUCUGAACUCCCAGCUGCAGACCAGGCAUCUGCUGCUGCUACUGCUCAAUACACGCCCCAGCCCGAGGUGCGCCCUAACCCUCAGUACACACCGCAACCCGAGGUUCGCCCCGCCGCCAAUAUUUCCUCCUCAAACACUCCGCAGUCAGACUACGGUCUGAAUCAGCCGCCGGCGGCCGCGCGCUCUCCAGCUUAUCCUGAUUACCUCGCCCGCCCGCCCCAGUACCAUCACGCGCCGAACACACAGGCCGGUGGUGCGGCAGGUAUGGCUCAAGCAACAAGUCCGUCUAUGCAUACCCUCCAUGAUGGGCAGCUACAUGACCAUCGCAAUCACACGAACGUGAAGUCUGACGCGGACGUUCCUAUAGAUCCCUCAAUCGCGGCCUCCAGCCCCACCUAUCCUCCUCCCUAUUCGCCUUACCAGCCGCAGGGUCAUGAAAUGGCCCAGUAUCAAGGUCACCCUCCGCCGCCGCCUCCUCAGAUGUAUGCGCGUCCAGAUUGGUCGCAUGGGUAUGGUCAACAUCAACACGGUCUGCCUGGACCUUAUACCACUCCUGCCACAACGGUCUACUCGUUCGUUCCAAUCCCCGGUGCACAACAACAUAAGCGGCCGCGUCGUCGGUAUGAAGAAAUUGAGCGUAUGUACAAGUGUGGGUGGAAUGGCUGUGAGAAGGCAUAUGGUACUUUGAACCACCUGAACGCGCACGUUACCAUGCAGUCUCACGGAGCCAAACGAACUCCUGAAGAAUUCAAGGAAAUUCGCAAGGAGUGGAAGGCUCGCAAGAAGGAGGAAGAGGCUCAGCGCAAGGCCGCCGAGGAACGUGAGCGUGCUGCUGCUGCCCAAGCCGCUCAAGCCAACCAGUAUGGUGCUCCUGGUGGUGGCAUGGUUUACCAGGGCAACGGACAGAUGGCUUACCCUCCAAAUUAUCCUCAUUCUCCUUAUGGCCAGAGCGGUCAAGUAUAUCAGCAACUCUUGCGCACAUGAUACCAUUUCCUGGCCUUGAUUGCUUCAGUCAAAAAAGAGUGGCCUUGCGACUUACGCUUCUGUCCCAGUUAUGUUUUUUUGAAUUAGAUCACUUGACAAAAGGAAGAAAGUUUCCUUAAUUGGGGGAACCCCUACUUUGUUUUCCCCAUCGCGGAUA